ACGCCCGCCAACGGCCGAGGAGGCCGACGCCCCGCCGGGGGCUUCGCCGCCUCGGGUCCGAGGGGAAGGAUGGUUUUCCCCCCAACGUGAGAGACUUUCUCCGCCCUAAGGCGCCGUCGAAAGGUCCCCCGAGGUGUCCGCCCUCCCCCGACGCCCCUCGCCACGGCCUCGGCCCUCCCGCAAACCCAGUCAUCUUUCUCAGUCCCAAGGACGAAGGCCGACGGCGCCGGAUCCCCGGAGCUGCCCCGAGGCGGAAGAGAGAGCUGUCUCUCCGGGUCCCUGGCCGCCCCCUCUCCGGCCCCCCCCGGGCCCGGCCCCGGCCCCGGCCUCAUGGUUUGCAAAAUAAAGCUGGGGGUCUCUGAAGGGGCAGUGCGCCGCAGGACCAUCCCGUAGAGUCGGGGCUUGGGGGACCCAGCGGCGGGGGGCGGGCGGCGAGACAAGGGCCCCCACUGCCCCUCCUGACCUGGCAUCCCUUGACUCCCACCCGGCCUUUCCUCUGCUCCUGCUGCCACCGCUGCUCCCACAGCCCCAGCCGAAGGUGAAGGUGACCCCCUCCGCAACCAUGAGUGCAGAGGAGAGUGAGAUCUUCACCGAAGGCCCCGUCGUCAGGAUGAAGGAGCUCACAUUCUUCCCCGUCUGCAUCGAAUUUUUGAAACCAACCAAAUUGUUGUCUAGGGACACUGAACAAUUAAAGAUGGCAGAGCUGAGUUUCACGACCAGCAGGAAACACUUCGAUGCGAUAGUCAUUGGAAGUGAAUUCGAAUCAGGAGACAGCACCUUCCGGGUGCAGUUGCGGCUUGGUUUAUGGGACGCUCAGGGACCUCAACCAGACUGUCAUCCUCAGCAGUUGAUCAUCAUCGACAACGGGCAGUUAUGUCUUCCACCUGUGGAGGCCAGUGGUAAACAUUACAGCCGUCCUGUGGAUAGCACCCAAUGGUAUCAUGCUCCUUUGGUCACUGAGUGACAUGCGGGACUUCGCCAUGUCCGUGUGCUUGGUGAAGCAAUUUACUGCUGAGAAGUUAGUGCAGCGAUUGAAGAGCAAGACAUUAUUCCCUUCCUACAGGACGCUGUCCAUGAUCAGGGAGGUGAUGCCGGCAGUCCAUGAUCCUUCUUUUGGCCUGAGAAGGCUCCGCCUCUCCCUCCUGUGCCCGAGGAACGAGGAGGAGGAAACUUGGAGGUGUCCUAUCUGUGACCAGGAGAUUCUCUAUCGAAACCUCGUCGUAGAUGAGUAUUUCUCCAUCAUCCUCCAUAUUAUCACCCAUGAAAAAAUUGACUGUGAAGAGAUCGACAUUUUGCAGGACGGUACCUGGGUCCCAGCCGAGUACCGCCUGGAUGCAUUAGAAAUUGCUGGGGAUCCCGGCUUCCUUGGCCUACGUUGCCAACGAAUAAACCUGAAAAGAAAGGUUCAGUAUGCCACCUUGGCGGACAUGAAUGACUCAUCCACAGAAGUUGUGGCCUCCAAGAAACUGCCGGAUCCACACCCCAGGGCAGCCAUCCUGCCCCCCACGAGCACCACAGGGGCAAGCACCACUGGACCGGGGCCAGCCCAAGGCAGUGAAAACCCGGCCCAAGUCAUAGGCUACAAAGUGGUCCCGCAACCUCCUGACGUGUGCAAAGCAAGGAUCAGGGAGUUGCAUGAGGUGCUCAAAAACCAAGGCCGCUGCCGUGAAGGGAAGAAACGACAACGAAGAAGGUCCAGGAUUCCAUCAAGAGUACUGAGGGAUUUACUUAGUUGCGGUAUUUCCUUUGGCUCUAGCAGCGUCCCAGCCGGCCGUCCACCUGACAGCAACCAGGAGAUUUCUACAACUUCCCCGCUGGACAGCAGCUCACCCAAUGUAGAGCUGCAGACUCCGGCCACCACCUUGGCCACGACGCCCCCCACAGGGAUGAGAAGACCUCAGCAGCUGAGAAGCGAGUCCAGCAGUCUGAAUACCCGCAAUUGUCCCUCCAGCCGACCUAAACAAUAGAUGCCAGUCUGUCCCCGCUGUCUCCCACUGCAGCACUUUGACUCACCCAUCUUAACCGCUCAGAACACCUGUGACCCAGGGCACAGUCGCUGCCAGGGCCACCCUCCAACCCCAUCCCCAGCCUGCCACACCCACUAGGAGAAACCAGAAGCCUUUUCUUUCUAGGCUCAACCCAUAUUCCUGUUUGCCCCAGCUAUAAGGAGUUAGAGUUCCCCUACCCUCUUUGGGACCUGUUUUGAUAGCUGGUGUUCAGGGGUGUCAAGAGAUGGGACACUCACAUGGCCCCUACCUCUCCCUCCCCGGCUUCCCCAUCACCUAACUCUUGUCUUCGUUGUACUUUGAGGUCGGUGGCCGGGGUUCCCAACUAUAAUGUUAUUGAAUUUGCUUUGAAUUUUAUUGUAUAUUGGUAGAAAGAUGUUGUUCUCACCAUUUUAUGAAAGGAAAAACAUUCCAGAAAUAUCA